ACAAAAUCCAAUAAACACUCCUUAGAGGUCUAAACAAAGAGUCUUGACUCAAUAGAACAGUAGUGUCAGAAUUAGAAGUUGACAGUUAUAUAAUUCAGCAAAGAAAAGAUUCUGCGGUUUUCUUGGUCUCUUUUGUGGUUGUAUAAUGGCGUCUGGGACAGUGGGAGGGUUGUCUGAGGUAUAUAGUAGUGCGAAAAGGAUUCUACUUAGGGCUCGGGACGGAAUGGAGAGGUUGGAGAGGUUUGACUCUGAUCUUACCGAUCUCUCCUCGUCUGUGAAACGAGAUAUUACUGAGGUUCAAUCUCUUUGUUCCAAUAUGGACGGUCUCUGGCGUUCGAUCCCUGUUAAAUCCCAGCGUGAUCUUUGGAGAAGAAAGAGUGAACAAGUAGGAGAAGAGGCCGAGUAUUUGAACCAAAGUCUGGAGAAGUAUAUGUGGAGGAAUCAGAGGAAGAUGUUGGAAGCGAAAGAGAGAGCGGAUUUGUUAGGUAGAGGGAGCGGAGAAGGAGCUCAUAUUUUGCAAAUAUUUGAUGAGGAAGCUCAAGGAAUGAACUCUGUCAAGAAUUCGAAGAGAAUGCUCGAAGAUUCGUUUCAAAGUGGAGUUGCUAUCCUCUCCAAAUAUGCCGAACAAAGGGACCGUUUGAAGAGGGCACAGCGGAAGGCUUUGGAUGUUCUGAACACUGUUGGGCUCUCCAACUCUGUAUUGAGGCUCAUUGAGAGGCGCAAUCGUGUUGAUACAUGGAUUAAAUACACCGGUAUGAUCGCAACGCUUGUCAUAUUGUAUCUCUUCAUAAGAUGGACACGCUAAAACCAGAGAACUUUAAUUACAUUACAUAGAUUGUAUGUAGAGAGUUAUGUGACUUCAUUUUAUGCGCUGGUGACACAUUUUUUGUUUAGUUUAUGCCUCUUACAAGACAUUUUCAAUACACUAGUUACCCAUAU